AUGUCUAUGCUACCAAGCUAUCCACGGCAUCAAAUCCAUUGUCACGAAUCUGCAAACGGCUCUGUCCCGAGGUCUCUCGGACUAGGUCUUGAUAUGCCCGUUCUACAGCUUCUGCAUCAUUUUGAUCGCCACACUGCAUCGACACUUGCCUUUGGCACUUCUGUAUGGAGAGACAAUGUGCUUCCUCUAGCGCUACAUAAUGAGAUUCUUAUGCAUGCAAUCUUAACGAUAUCGGCAUCUCACCAGCACAGCAUUUCGCCCGACAAUAGCACAUACACAAAAGCUAUGGCUUAUCAUCUAGAUCUCACUCUCUCCGGAUUCAGAGGUCUCUUAUCACAAGGCACAGAAAACUGCAAUCAUGAUGUAGUCAUCGCUUGCUCUCUGCUGCUAGUGCACUACGCUUGGUCCAUGCCCUUUUUUGCAUACGCAGACGACAAAAUUGAUAUGAGAAGCGAACCUGACAAGCUACUCAAAUUCUCUGCUGGUCUCAAAGCAGUCAUCAUUACUAUGAAAGAAGACAACGGGUACUACAGAGGCAUUUUCAAGUCUCCCAUGUCCAACGCUUCUAUCCAAGCAUUCCAAGACUGGGAGUCUGCUCUAGGAACCACGUUUGACUUUGGCGAUUUUUUCUUUGGCGCGAGAUCAACUGCCUUGGAAGGGUCUUUCGGAUGCUGCAAUGAGCAUGGAUGUGCUGAUCCAUAUGAGCGGCUGGCUCCUCUCCUUAACACGAUGGAUGCUGUAUUAAACGGCCAUGCCAUCCAUCACCUAAUGCUACAGAUACGGAUAUAUACGCUUUUCUGGCCUUCAAAAGCAUCCAGAGAUUUUGAAAACGCAUUUUCUGUAAACCAAACCGAAGCAUGCGUUGUCAUGCUCACUUUUUACGCCACCGCGUGGUGGCUUCUCUCCGAGAGCGUGUGGUGGGCACGAAGACGUACAAAAGUCAUGUGCGAGUCCAUUCUUGAAAGCCUGGAUAAAAAUAACAAAAACAAGAGGUGGCAAGCAAAUAUUGAGCACGUACGUCAAUAUUUCAAGUUCACGCCGAAUGGCGCGGGGGGAUGGACAAUUGGAGAUCCGGGUUACCAUCCAGCAGAGUAUUGA